AAAGAAAAAGAAGUUUAUCCACCGAAGACGCGAGUACGGCAUUUAUUGGGCACUUGGAUCUCGCAACACUUACCCUCCUUUAAGGAGAGGAGAAGAGGCAUAAAAAAGGGUUUGGGGCUCUUGCUGUAAUAAAUCUGAAGCCUUUGGAGAGGGAGAGGGGUUGGUUGGUGGGGAGAUGGAUUUCGUGUGCUCGGUUGUCUCAUUUGAGCAGAGUCUUGACAAGUUCCCCUUCUCUUCUUCUUCUUCUUCCUCUUCUUGUACUAAUCCCAGCUGCGAACAGCAGCACAAUGCAAUAGCAAUAGCUGAUGCUUUCCUGCUUGCGCCCUCGCCUCCUCUCUGCAAUGUUGAUUUCACCCCUGAUUUCCCAACAGCUGAAGUAGGUUUGGCAGCUGAGAAUAAUAAUAACAACAUUGAUGAUGAUGGUGAUAAUGAUAGAUCUAGGGACUACAAAAGGAAGAAGAUCAUUCACAGAGAUGCUGAGAAGAAGAGAAGACAUGAAAUGGCUGCCCUCCACAGGUCUCUCCGAUCCUUUCUCCCUGUCGAGCAUCUCAAGGGGAAGAGGGCGAUGUCUGAUCAGAUAGACGAGGCUGUGAACUACAUAAGACAUCUACAGAAGAGGAAUGAGGAGCUGAGACACAAGAGAGAUGAGCUGAAAGAAAGAUUAUCAGCGGCGGCAGCUUUGAAUGAAAGAAGACAAAGCAGCGGAAAAGUAGGAGUGGAGAGCAGCUCCAAGUCCUCCAAGUGUUCCAGUAGUAGUGCGUCGGAGAAGCAGAAGCAGGGGAGCAGCAGCAGCAGCGUAAGAGUGGAAAUAAGUUGUAGAAAUAAGCUAGUGCAGGUGGUGGUGAGCACCGCCAUAGAAGGAGGAGUCCCUGCUUCCACCCUCCUCAAAGCCCUCUUCCAACAACACCAAGGCCUCUCCCUCAUCACCUGCAUUUCCACCACUCUCAAUCAAACCCUGCUUGUUCACACCGUUCACUCUCAGGUGAAUGAGGAGGAUAGCAGCAUUAUCGACCCCUCUGAGCUGCAAAAGAGAUUGACUGACUUAAUUACUUCUACCUCUUAACUAAUGAUAACAUUAAUAAUAAUAAUAAUUAAGAUUUGUGUUUUUUUGUUUUUGAGUGAUUGCUUGGUGGGUGAAUGGAAGAAGACUGACCGCAGGGCCUGGGGGAACAAGAUAUGCGGAUUGCAGAAGCAGCUUCCGUAUGUCAAGUUCAUGGUCAUGGUCAUGGUCAUGUUGUUAGUCCUCCAUCUGCUAGUGCAAUUUCAUCUUCAUGUAUAUGUUUCAUUUUCUCCAAAUUGUCCUGCUUGCUGGUCCUAGCAUCCAUUCAUCUCUGAUUUUGAUC